CCAAAUAAGCGCCAGAGAGAGAGGGAGUAAGGGAGAGGGAGAGAGCGAUGGGGCGCUGCUUCGGGUGCUGCUUCGAUGAAUCAGAACCGUACAAUGGAGUGCGGGUGAUGCACAUCAACGGCCACGUGGAGGGCUUCGAUCCUCCCAUCACCGCCAGUGAGGUCACCGGCAAGCCGCCGUACCGACUUCUUUUCACGCCGAUUCAACUGCUCGCCGGGGUCGCCAAACCGCUCUGCGGCGACGAGCAGCUCGAACCGGGCAGAUUCUACUUCCUUCUCCCACACUCCGCCCUCCAAGCCGGUCCGGUCGACUUGGUCGCCCUCGCCAACGGGCUCACCGCUAAGGCUCGCCGGUCGGCCAACUGCAGACCGGACAAAGGAAACCGGCGUCCCGUGCUUGAGACCGAUAGCGAAGAGAGUCCGGUCGGAGUGGGUUCGAAGGCCCGGCGGGGCAAGCCGUGGAGGCCGG